GACGUGUUGCAUCGCAUCGUCUUCGUCGUAUUGUGCAUCGUUCUCGAAUCUCAUUGUACUUUCUUGUAUUCAUCAGCCCUAGUGACGUCUCUGGGACUCAUGGGAUGCAUCGUGAGAUCAUUCGCUCAACGCCGCUGUGGAGGCGACAGUACUCGCGACACGAUUGUACAAAGUCAGGCAUGAGGGGAAUGAUUGUUGGCAGGGUCAAGCUGUUCUUUUCCUUCACGCAUGAUGGAGUUACUUACCCAUGUGCUCUUGUUGACCGCUUCUCUCGUAUGGGUCGAGGGCCAGAUAACUUCACGGGAAUGUGGAAGAUAAAGCCAGAGGUGAUGGUUACAGGGAGACGACGGACUCGCAUUCAGUCUGUUGAGCACAUUGACACCAUUUAUCGAGCUGCGCACCUCCUUCCUGUCUUUGGUGACGGUCCGCUUCCUCUAGACUUUCAUUUUUCUUAUUCUCUUGAUUCCUUCAAUGCUUACUAUGUAAACAAAUAUGCUGACCAUCAUGCCAAUGAAAUCGUGUUUUGA